AUGUCCGCAAGAUCAGUUCAGCAUUCUGAGGAAAUGCCGUUAAGCAUCAACAAAGCUGUAAAAGAUCAGCCAGAUGUUGACAAAUUGUCGAGACAACGGAGUGGGGGAAUGCUAACUGACAAAAUUGCUGGAUAUCAUUUGCUAGAAUGGGAUGAGAUUUGUCAUUGGCAGCAGGACAAUGAAUACAUAUUAUCUGGAUAUCGACCUACAUCCGACUCUCUCCUGAAGUCUCUCGGGAGCUUGGGUCAUGUACACAACGAGACAAGUAAAACAUAUCUUUCCGAGCAAUCAAGCCACAACUGA